AUGGACAGAGGUAUCUCCUACUACGUGGAUCCAGUGUCCUUUGCCAAGCACCCCUUUGUUACUUCCUCUACCACAUACAAAAAUCAAGGCGGAAAUGUACACCGGAUUUCGAAGGACCGCGGCAGUCCCGAGCUCCGUGCCUUUGAGCAGCGCGUGGAAGAAAUGUGGAUGAAGGAGCUUUACCGUCAGUGCGAGAAUGCUCAGGAGUAUAAACGUCGUCGACUUAUGGAUGCCCAAGGAUUCUUUGGCAUCGGUCAGGGCGAUCGUGAAAAGAUUGCGAAAAUACAGGCCGAGGUCUACGAGAGUUGUGAGCAGCUUGAGCGCCUCUAUGGCCUGCGCAUCCGAUAG